CGGGGGAGAGUCGUUGCCUAGCUACUCGCGGGGCGUGCUUAACACCCGCGGGGUGGCUUAAGUGCCCGAAGAGAAUAGUUUUGGACGAAGAAGAGCAGAUAGUGGGCUUGAGGCAUCCAGAGUCACGGUGUGAGUGCCCCUGCCAGCCUUGAGCCAUGGCCACACUGAGUAUCAAGCCUGGCCAGCGUUUCCGGCUCCCUGAUUGGCACAUUAACAGCUACUUGCUUUCCUCUAAUGCUGAGCGGCAGAGGGAUGCCUCACACCAGAUCAGACAAGAGGGCCGCGUCCUCCGUAAUGAGACCAACAACCAGACCAUAUGGGAUGAACAUGACAACCGGACCCGCCUAUCAGAGCGCAUAGAUUCUGUUGACCAAUGGAAGGAGAUACUAGACAAAUGUCUGACUGACAUAGAUGCUGAGAUCGAUGCCAUGACACAGAUGAAGGAGGCAGCAGAGAGGGCCCUGCAGGCCAAGAACCUCGCUCUGGAUGUGGCGAUUGAGUGCCUAACGCUGCGGGAGAGCCGGCGGGACGCUGAUGUGGUGAAGGAUUCUGCAGAGGAUGAGCUGCACAAAGAAGUGGAGGUGAUUGAUUGUGCCAGGGAGGCCCUGCAGCAGAAGAUCAGGGAUAUCUUUGAGCAGCUUUGUCUUCUUCAAGAGGCAAGGCAGCACCUGAACUCUGACCAUCGAGGCAAGAUGGAAGCACUUGAGAUUGACCGUGUCUGCCUCUCACUCAACGUUCACUCUCCCAACAUCUCCCUGAAGGUCAACCCUACCCGCAUUCCCAGUGGCUCCUGCACGAUACAGCAGUGGGAUGAGUACAGUCACUACAACAAGGACCAAGCAGAGGCGGAGAGGAAGGCUUCUGCAGAUCUGCGUGAAGCUACAGCCCUCACCAUUGCUGAGACCAACAAUGAAUUGGAAGCCCAGCGUGUGGCCACUGAGUUUGCCUUCAGAAAGAGGAUUCGAGAACUAGAGAGGGCCCUGAAUGAACUCAGGUGGCAGGAGAAAAAUACCUUGGAAGAAAUCGCAGAGCUGGAGGAGGACAUCCGACGGCUGGAGGAAGAUCUACGAGUAAAGAUGAGGAAUCUGAAGUUAGCACACACCCGGCUAGAAACCCGAACAUACAGGCCCAAUAUGGAGAUGUGCAGGGACCAGGUACAAUAUGGGCUCACUGAUGAAGUACACCAGCUGGAAGCUACCAUCACCGCCCUGAAGCAGAAACUGGCCCAGUCACAGGAUGCCCUAGAUGCCCUUUACAAGCACCUGGCCCGGAUCCAGGCUGACAUCGCCUGCAAGUCCAACUCUUUGCUGCUGGACAACAAAUGCAUGGACACCCGACACAAGCUGACGGUACCAGCUGAGAAGUUCGUGCCAGAGGUGGAUACCUUUAACCGGACCACCAACCGCACUCUGCCCCACCUCAAGGGCCAGCAGCUAGAGCUGGUGUAGUGGCUCCACAGGGGAAAUGGGAAUGUGACCGGGAACGGGAGAGUCUAAGUCCAAUAAAGC